GGCGUCUUCGGAGCGGAGACGUGGGCUAAACUCUAAUAUGAAAGAAUCGUCCUGGCUCUUCGCCUUGGUCUCCAUAACGCUGAGCUUGGGAGCAAGUACAUUCCAUCUGUCAUGCUCUCUUUGCCCUGAGUGUCAGAAUGCACCAUCGACACUGCAGUAUGAAUUAUAUGGCUUUGUGUACGAUGGCACAUGGAUUACUUGGCUGGCGGGGCGCGGCCCAACUACGCACGGACCUGCAUAGCCUCCUACAUUCAAAUCCAAGCUGUCGUUCACCCAAUGCGUGAGAAGCUAUAUGCGCCAAGUGGUGCGUCCCGUCGGCGAAACCCUCAAUUUCGAUUUCGGCAUAAUUCCUGUCAUCUGCUGCGCUUCAGGUGAUGCUUCUAGAUAAGGCUCAGGCUUUCAAUAACUGGAUGGUGAGCGAAGACGCGGAUGUAGACGGGACGGGAUAAUUGGUCUGCUGAAUGUAUGCAUGACAGUAUGGUUCCCUGAUUUGAGGGAGUGCACCUGGCUGUGGAAUGUAUGGUGUGCUGGCA